AUGCUUCCCCUCAAGAACUGCUACAUCGUCUGUACUGGCCCCAAUGGCGUCAAGGAGACGGAGUCCAACGGAGACACUGCUGCUGGUGAACGAACCUAUGCUAGCUCCGACUACAACCACGGCUACUACAACCACUCCCAUUGGCAGUAUGGUAGCCCCUAUCAUAAACAAAACAAGUGGCGUUCGUGGAGGAACUGGUACCCAAGGAGAAGGUCCCACGACUACUAUGGAUGGACUAACUCUCAAAAAAAAUGGAAUUGGUGGUACAACGACUACAACAACGGUAAGGAGACCAAUACUACAACGUCGGUGGAGAGUAGCCCUUGUCUGACAUCCCCAAGAACUUCGUCCGUCCAAGCAUCGCCUACUGAGGCCAACCCUACUACUACCACCGCCACCGAGCUCCACGAGGAGGGAGUCCUGACGUUCGAUGAUGACGUACCAUGGUGGAAAAGAGCUGGUCGACCAGGUCCCUCGCCUGCUAAGGAGGCGAAGCUGAGACCGAACAUCAACAAGAAAACUGGUGGAGCUCCGACGAGUUUUCCUACUGCUACAAGGGAGUACACCGGUACUACUACUUCUAGCACGAGCGCUGCAACUGGUACACGUCUGUGUGCUUUGCCCAGUCGACCUACUGAGCCGAUCUCAGUUCCUGCUAGGGAUACUCACCCGGCCUCUUCCGGUGAUGAGAUGCCCAGUAAUGGUACCCUAAAGAGAACCAAUAAGCGGUGUUCUCUCCCUAAUGUUGACGAUGCCAGUCAUCUCAACAAAAAGGUACGGGCUACGGCCACAAGCAGAGGCCACAGUGUGCAACAACUGCCCUCCAAUGAUGUCGGAGGUGAGCAAAGUUCAGUGAAUAAGGCCAGAGAACGGCUUGCUGAGCCGAUUGAUCUUGGUAGUGCCAAUGAUGGCAACAGUGAUGAUGCUGAUAAUGGUGAUUGGAGUGCUAGUAAGUCGCUCGUCAGAGAACGACGAAGGGCCAAGAAUCUGCCGAAGAGGCAGAGACCUGAUAGCUUAGCAAGAGGCGACGAUGAAGAGAGCGCACGCCCACGGGCGAAGCGAAGCACUUGUGCAGCCACCCCAAUAAGUGCGACUUCUCUACCUCGACUACCCAAAAGAGGUCGGAUUCUACAUUAUGUUGUUGAUCAAGCUGUUCAGACUGAUUGA